GAAUUAUCUGAGGCGACAGGACCUCUUCCUUUUCCCUGAGGCUCUCGCUUUGUGCCUUCCAUGUGUCAGGGCAAUUCUGCACCGCGGACAGCUGCCAGAGUGCAAAGUUUAGUAGUAUUUGCCUGCAGAUGAGUCAGCAGAAGAGAAAUAGCUUGCUUCUGUGUAGUGGAAUCGUCUUGUAGGCAGAGCAGCACAUGACAGUCACAUCUGACCGUGUUAACAACGCCUUCCGAGUUCAGCGGGCGACGGGAGCGUGCGAGCAGGCUGCGGAGCCUGGGGUCGAGGGCUCGGUGUCCCGGUGUGCCGGCCUCCUGCUGACCUUCAUCUCUGCUGUUCCCACUGGACGCGCUUGGCAAGAUGGAGCCGCCGACCUCCUCCAGGCUGAAUUCCCGCAAGAGAAGAAAAGAUGGAUCCGGCCCCAACGGGGCGACGGAGCUGGAUGGAAUCCCUCCAAAAAUGUCCCGGCACUCAUUCGGACUGAAGGAACCCGCUCCAUUUUCAGAUGAAGUGGAAAUCGACUACAGCAAGCCAUACAUCAGAGUGACGUAUGAAGAAGCGAUGAGAGGGACCCCUUUGGAUCGCCCUGUCAGAGUUUACGCCGAUGGAAUAUUUGACUUGUUUCACUCUGGACACGCCCGGGCCUUGAUGCAAGCAAAAAACCUCUUCCCAAACACAUACCUCAUUGUGGGAGUCUGCAGUGAUGAGCUGACCCAUAACUUCAAGGGCUUCACGGUGAUGAAUGAAAACGAGCGGUACGAUGCUGUGCAGCACUGUCGCUAUGUGGACGAAGUGGUGAGAAAUGCACCAUGGACGCUCACCCCUGAAUUCCUGGCAGAGCACAGGAUCGACUUUGUCGCACAUGAUGACAUCCCCUAUUCUUCUGCUGGCAGCGAUGAUGUAUAUAAGCACAUAAAAGAAGCAGGCAUGUUUGCACCAACUCAGAGGACUGAGGGGAUCUCAACAUCAGAUAUCAUCACCCGCAUCGUGCGGGACUACGAUGUUUAUGCCAGAAGGAACCUGCAACGGGGCUACACGGCUAAAGAGCUCAACGUCAGUUUCAUAAAUGAAAAGAAAUACCACCUCCAGGAGCGUGUGGAUAAGGUGAAAAAAAGGGUGAAGGAUGUGGAGGAGAAGUCAAAGGAAUUUGUGCAGAAAGUGGAGGAGAAGAGUAUUGAUCUCAUUCAGAAGUGGGAAGAGAAGUCCCGGGAGUUCAUUGGCAAUUUCCUGGAGAUGUUUGGCCCAGAAGGCGCCUUGAAACACAUGCUGAAGGAGGGCAAGGGCCGGAUGCUGCAGGCCAUCAGCCCCAAGCAGAGCCCCAGCAGCAGCCCCACGCACGACCGCUCCCCAUCGCCCUCCUUCCGCUGGCCCUUUUCAACUAAGACUCCUCCUUCCUCGCCGGCCAACCGCUCCAGGAACGAGUCUGCAGUCACCUACGACAUCAGCGAGGAUGAAGAGGAUUAAAGCUGCCAGCCGGGAUUUGCUGCGACCCGCUAAUCGCCGAAUCCUAAGUCCAGACCCACUGGGGAACUCUAACUGAGCAAGAGAGCCAUAGGAACAGGGCUGACGGUGAGCACAGGGCCUCGGAGGCACCCGUUGCUCUUAGCGAGGGCUGCUGCCUGGAAGCACAUUCAAACCUCCUCUCCCUUCUCCCCAGACUCCCCUUUUAUUGUUUACGUUCUAGUGGUCUCCAGGGGAAAGAUGGUUUUUAUAUUUUAAGAAACUACUCUUUUAAAACACAAAGAAUAGCACUCGA